CUGUUCCAUGUCUUGGUAACAAAUGCCAAGACAGGCUUUUUGAGGCCAUGAAUACGUGGCUAAAAGUUACAUCAUGAAUCUUUUUUCGAUUUCUUCAAUUUACAUCGAGAUCAUAUUGUUACAAUUAUCGUAUCAUGUAUCGUGAGUUUAAAGUUUGUCGGCUUCUUGGUGUUUUCCGUAUUCAAGCUCUCGGCCGAAAGACGGACUUGGUCUUGAUCAUGUGACGAGGUCAGGCAGUCAUCAGUGGCGAUGACCCAGUCUGCGCAUUUGACGUCUCCAUGAGGCUUCAUUUGGCGAAUAUUUUUGCGAUACCAUUUCUUUAUCGCCACAAAAGUUAUUCCAAGCCCGAAGCACCUUUGUAGGUAGUUGUACGCUGAUCUGGGCCGCUGCUCAUCAAGGUCCCCAACCAAAAGGUGUCCACUGGACACGCCCGAAUUGACAAUCUCAAACUGAGUCAUCAACGUCGCAAAGCUCUUGGUUUCAUCUCACAAAUAAUUGCGAGAGUGACAGAAUACUACUAUGGGACGCACAGAGCCAUCUAUCGGCCGACCACCAGCGGCUUUUCGCAAAGAUGCACGCUCCAAAAAGGCCAAAGCCACCAUCAACAAGGUUAUCCCCAGCCUCCUCACUGGAUAUCCCGGUGCUCAGAAAGGAAUCAAUUCGGCAGAGCUCAUACCCUUUAUGAACGCCACUGUCUUACCUGAACCAUAUGGGAAGCUUCUAAAGAAACAAGACGACAAGGGCGAUGCAGCAACUAAGGGCAAGUUUACGCAAGGCGCUGAAGAUCCCCACGAGGAUUUGGCAAAGCUUAAACCACCAAGAAUCUCAAUCAGGGAAGUCGAUACGCUUACAGCUGCAAGAGACCUUCUCAAUAUUGAGACGCCAGCGGGCGUCAAAACAGAUUUUGUUAAUACCAGAGCUCAUGUGGCCAUCUUGAACAUGGGUUCGCCUCUGAACCCUGGAGGUGGAUUUCUAAACGGCGCAAACAGUCAAGAGGAAUCGUUAUGUAUGCGCACUACGCUAUAUCCUUCUCUCAAGGACGAGUGGUACCGACUCCCUGAACUCUCCUCGAUUUGGACUCCGACGGUGCUGGUUUUCAGAGAUGAAGACGGCAAUGAUAUAGACAAGAAGGAUCGUUUCUACGUCGACUGCAUCACGGCAGCAAUGAUCCGCGGCCCGGAAUUCGAGCUUGGCGAGGACGGAGUGGCAUCGUACGCCAACAAGAAGGAUCGCGAAACGGCGCAAGCCAAGAUGAGAGCCGUUAUGCGGAUUGCUAUGGUCAAAAGGUGCAAACGGCUUGUACUUGGAGCUUGGGGUUGCGGCGCGCACGGAAAUCCCGUUGGCGAAAUAGCAAGAGCUUGGAAAUCUGUUCUCACUCCAAAAUACGAUAAGUCAAAGCUAAAGGAGAGAUGGGAAUACGUUGAUGAGAUUGUGUUUGCAAUCAAGGAUCACAACAUGGCGCAGGCUUUUGCGGAAGCUUGGGGUGACGGUAUCGAACUGCAGGAUGAAGAGAAGAACGAGAUUCAAGAGGAAGAAGAGAAAGAUGCCGAGGAAGUUGAUCCAGCUGAUGUCAAAACGCAAGAGUUGAAGGAUAAGAUCAGGGAGCUGGAGCACAGGAUUCAGAGGGUGAAUAAUCCCAAGGUCUUGGAUGGCUUGAAAGCCAUUCUUGAUGGGCUGGAAAAGCAGCUCCCUGAAGAGGACGAAGCACUGACUCAGGACAGUGAGUGGGAACAUGUCAAAGCUGAAGGCACCGGAUCUAGCUGAUCUGUCGAUCUGGACGUUGACGUGGUAUCGUUCCUCGUCAAAGCGCACACGUCAGCGCAAGCAUAUCUGGCAAAUAAGCACCCGCACUUUUAUCAGAUUGGAUAACUGUUACCCACGGUAGUGACAACACCUGACUAGCAUCAAAGGUAGAUAUCGGUAAUUUGAUAUCCGCAACCUCCGCACGCAUCCCCUCACCGUCUUCUACACCGACCUAACCUGUUUAAUCUCAUCAUCAGACUAGUUAUCAAAUGUACCACGAUCUUCAUGUCAAUGCUUUCUUUUUGGAUCUUUCAUCUCGCUAGUCUAUCUCAUUCACUCGUGACUGGUUCUUGUCGAGUUGCAGUGCGGAGGUGAUCCCGCAGCUCGGACCCGUCUCCGCUCCGCAUUCAGCUCAUGAUUGCGCUUAUUGGUCGCCGCACUAUUCUAAACACUUCGCCAACUGGGCUAUGCUUAUUUUUGCUACGACAAUGGUAUAUAAUACUGGUGUAGCUCUUGAUCAAUACGUCUGUAGUUUAUAUAGUCUGCCGCUCGACCGGAUGACAUGGACUCUGGUGUCCAAGCAUCAUCUUGCCAAGGACAGCCCUUGAGGUUCUCGGUCAGUUUGAUGGAGCAUUCCUUGAUUUAGAACUAGUAAAGUCUCCCUUGCAAUGAAUUGAGGCCUAAGGCAUAUCAAAGUAUCUCAACCCCAUGUUUAUCAUAGAUAUGGCUGCAAGCCACCGUGUCCUGUUAAUCCACGUAUCGAGUAUU